AGUUUAGAAUGCACAAUUUAAACAGCUUGUUCCUACUGCACUGUUAAAUUACAUUCAUUUUACCCCUGAAGAGAGAUGCAUAACAUAAAAAGGACUCCCCAAGUCUCAGAUAGCUUGUUCCUAGUUCAGCUUUCUGCAUGUUUGUUGUGUCCAUGGCAACAGAGCAUUCAUUCCUCCCCUACUGUCCUAUCUAUGUCACAAUGGCUGUGUAAUGCUAUGUACAUUCACCUGUUUGAAUGGCUUUAACUAUGCUAUAGCUGUCAGGAGUUACUCGUAGAUGUGCGGUAUAGUUACAGCAGCAUGUGGAGAAAAGAAAAGAGCUAUGAUAAAUGGACCCAGCCUGGUUGGAGGAUAGAACAGAAGUAUGCAAACAGAGUGCUAAUUGGUAACUGGGUGGAAAACAGACUGCAGUUCACCAGGGAAUGCAGGACGCCUAACAGCACCAACCGUCUAGACUUCCGGCCACAGUGGGACUACCAGCCAGACACCUUUGUGCAACGAACGGCCCUGCGCAGAGGAGAGGGCCUUCCCACAAGGCUGCUGCUGGGCCACCAUGGCACGCCCACCUCCCACUUCCUGGUCACCCAGUAUGACGAGAUGUACAGGUGGAGGGGCGACUCCACCAUGCCCAAGCUGCGGUCUGACCAUGUAGCCAAAGUGCCUCCCACCAACUUCGGCCUGGUGGAGGCGAAGAAGCGGCAGUGGAGUGAGGAGUCCUCCUCGCUGAGCUCCUACCGCUCGGCCUACCUGCCGCCCCCGCUCUCUGCCCUGUGCCAUCCCCGUCACGCCGGCUUGCCCAGUGGGCAGAGCCACGGCGCCCAGCGACCUCUCCAGCCACCCCAGCUCAUUCAGCUCCCUCAGCUCCCAGGAACUGGAGGGCAACCUGCACUGGUUCAGACCAGCGCCUGACGUCCUGGUCAGCGCAAGGCCUCUUCUGCCCACUCCGGCCUCUGGUCUAUGGGGCAGACACAACCCAGAGUGAUGGCCUCAGCUGUUUCCCAUGGACUCUUGUAUUUUAAUGAUUACAGAAUUAGCUCUCAAAUACUGAA